UUGGCCAAUGCUCAAGCCAAUUAGUAAAAGGAUUCCCGUCUCGCGCGUCCUGAUUGGUUGAGCGGAAGGACGCGGCCGCCUUCCCCCCCCCGGAGCAUCGGAACUCCGGGAUGGAGGAGUGCCGGGGCUGCUUGAGGUCCCACGCAGAGGGGUCGCGAUAGCUGCAGGAGUGCCAGGAGCCAUGCUGUCGGAAGCCCUGCUGGUGUCUGCUCCGGGGAAAGUGAUCCUCCACGGAGAACACGCCGUGGUCCACGGCAAGGUAGACGACCCCCCCUCGCCCCGGCGCCUUCUGGGAUCGGGCAGCCCUUGUGCCUGGCGCGAAUCUCACAGGAAGCCCUGGAGCAGAGGCGGGAGAAACACAGGCUGAGGCUCGCCUAAGGGCUUCUCUGGUCCCACUCGGUGAGAUCGCGGAGAGCUGUUGUAGCCCUAGCUGUGGCCUUGAACUUGAGAACAUUCCUCCGGCUUCAGCCCCACAGCCAUGGGCAAGUGGGCCUCCACUUACCAAACAUUGGCAGCAAGAGGGCCUGGGAUGUGGCCAGGCUCCAGCAGCUGGACACGAGCUUUCUGGGUUGAGUGAACAAACACACAAUGCAAAACAGCAACGCAGACCACCUUCAGCGUACGUGGAAAAGUGGAAUUGAAAGAUCAAGUUUAUUUUGGUGCAAAAAACUUUUGAAAUCCAGGCAGGAUUUUUUUUUUCAUAAUAAUGCAUUUUCCCCUAAACGUUUCGAUGACCCCUCCCACGUGCAAGUCUGCAUGUCACUGUAUAGGACAAGGCCUUGGAUGACAGAGCAAGGCGACGUCUCCACGCCCACCCCGGAGCAAGUGGAGAAGCUGAAGGAGGUGGCAGGCCUCUCUGUGGACGGUGCGGGGCCCGAGCACCUGGCUGUGCUCGCCUUCCUGUACCUGUACCUGUCCAUCUGCCGGAAGCAGAGGGCCCUGCCGAGCCUGGAUAUCGUGGUAUGGUCGGAGCUGCCCACCGGCGCAGGCUUGGGCUCCAGUGCCGCAUACUCCGUGUGUCUGGCCGCCGCCCUGCUGACUGCGUGCGAGGAUAUCCCAAACCCACAGAAGGACGGGGCCCCCAGCAGCAGGUGGGCCAAGGACGAUUUGGAACUAAUCAACAAGUGGGCCUUCCAAGGCGAAAGAGUGAUUCAUGGGAACCCCUCCGGAGUGGACAACGCCGUUAGCACGUGGGGAGGAGCGCUGCGGUACCAACAAGGGAAGAUCUCAGCUUUGCAGAGGCCACCAACUCUCCAGAUCCUGCUGACCAACACCAAGGUCCCACGCAGCACCAAAGCCCUCGUGGCCGGCGUCAGGAGCAGACUGCUCAAGUUCCCAGAGAUUGUGGCCCCGCUGCUGACCUCCAUAGAUGCCAUCUCCCUGGAGUGUGAGCGCGUGCUGGGAGACAUGGCAGUGGCCGCGACCCCGGAGCAGUACCUGGUGUUGGAAGAGCUCAUUGACAUGAACCAGCACCAUCUGAACGCCCUCGGCGUGGGCCACGCCUCCCUGGACCGGCUCUGCCAGGUGACCAUGGCCCACGGACUGCACAGCAAGCUCACUGGCGCGGGCGGCGGCGGCUGUGGCAUCACCCUCCUCAAGCCAGGGGUCAGCGUCUCCUGGACUUUAGGCUCAGCCCUAUUGGACCGCACGGUGUGGCCUGACCACCCACAGCCCGGGGGCCUCCGGCCCUCUCUGAGGCUCGGGCUCCUCACGGGCAAAGCGGAAGUACCAACAGAGGAUGUGCAAGUCGCGUGGGGCCUGGGAUUUAACCCCGGUGAUAUGCGACCCCAAAGCGGGGCCAGGCUGGGCGUUGCUGGCACACCGGUCCCUGGAGAGAGACGCUGGCAAUGAGAGGCAGCCCUGUGCACCCCGCAGCACCCAGCAGCGAGGCUGAGCUGCAGUCCCCAAGACCACGGUGCCCGCUGGGGAUUAACACGAGUUGAGGCCGUGACCUUGGAGGAAGAGGCUUCCCUUCAAGGUUGCACCUGCCUUCUGCUGCUAAGACGGCCACAUCUGCUCCGCCGUCCUGCCACCUGGCUCCGAGACACAGGGCGGCUGUUUGAGAAGGGACACCCACUGUCCCUUCAUGCUCCAUGCCACAGAGCUGGGGCCGCACCUGCCGUUUGUGGCCGAGCUGGGACUCCAGCCCAGGCCUCCUGUAGCCAGAACUGGGCCCACCCGAGCCCAGGAGAAGGGGCAGGUGGGCUGCUAAGGUGACUUUGUCCUGGGAGACGCCACCAUCUCCACCGAUGCCUGUAGCAAGCUGGGACCCGAGCUGGCUCCACGGAGGGCUUGGGCGCUCAGAGGCGAGUCUCAGGCUGUGACGGGGGGUGUGGGGCCCCCACCUCUGCACUUGCCUCCCAUAGAGAGAACCAGAUUUCUGAGAUUUCUGAGAUGCUGUGCGACUCAGGUGAGUGACUGCCCAUCUCUGGGUCUCCUCUGCCCAGCCCCUGUCUGGCAGCCUGGAGCCAGGGCCUGCCUUCUGGCCCCUGGGCACCACUCUGAUGGCCUCAGCCUCGCAGGAUGGGCACCCGGCCUGUCAGGUGGGCGCAGGGCAGCCCCCAGCUCCACCACCCCUUUCCCUGCGGGAGGUUGUGGACCUCUUGUCCAGAUCUUUCUAUCUGGUGUUGAAAGCGAAUUCGGAGAGCUGGAUCGGGGACAUCCGUAUUUGGUUUUUAAAUACAAUUCAGCGAUCAAGAAAAAUCCAUUUAUUUAUUUAUUUAGCAAAUG